GUUUCAACGUGGUCACGAGGGUGCAUGUAUCUGAAGUGGGUGUACCUUGUAUGAAUCAUCAAGAGCAUCGUACGCUACAAAUACCAGCAGUGUAUUUAUCUGAUCUUGGGUGUGGAUUAGUGUUAACAAUCCCGUAUUUGAGCAUGGCUGUGAAACUCGAUGCCUCACCUAGGAGGCCUGCCUUCCAUGGCGGUAUAUGAGGUUCAAACUCCUGCUGAAUCAUAACCAUUUGCCGCUGAGCUAUGACAAGAGAGGAAACAAAAAGUUAGACGAGCAAGCCUGCCAUAAGUGAGAAGCAAACUUCCUUGGUAACAUGCUUUUGCGAAGUUCAGGAAAAUUAAAUGUGGGCACUAAGAAAGAGGAUGGUGAGAGUACAGCCCCCACCCCUCGUCCAAAGAUCUUGCGUUGUAAAUGCCACCAUCACUGUCCAGAAGACUCGGUCAACAAUAUUUGCAGCACAGAUGGAUAUUGUUUCACAAUGAUAGAAGAAGAUGAUUCUGGGAUGCCUGUGGUCACUUCUGGAUGUCUAGGACUGGAAGGCUCAGAUUUUCAGUGCCGGGACACCCCGAUUCCACAUCAGAGAAGAUCAAUUGAAUGCUGCACAGAACGGAAUGAAUGUAAUAAAGAUCUACACCCUACGCUGCCUCCACUGAAAAACAAAGAUUUUGUUGACGGACCUAUACACCACAAAGCCUUACUUAUAUCUGUGACUGUCUGUAGUUUGCUCUUGGUCCUUAUCAUUUUAUUCUGUUACUUCAGGUAUAAAAGACAAGAAACCAGACCUCGGUACAGCAUUGGGUUAGAACAGGAUGAAACUUACAUUCCUCCUGGAGAAUCCCUGAGAGACUUAAUUGAGCAGUCUCAAAGCUCAGGAAGUGGAUCAGGCCUCCCUCUGCUGGUUCAAAGGACUAUAGCUAAGCAGAUUCAGAUGGUGAAACAGAUUGGAAAAGGUCGCUAUGGGGAAGUUUGGAUGGGAAAGUGGCGUGGCGAAAAGGUAGCUGUGAAAGUGUUCUUCACCACAGAGGAAGCCAGCUGGUUCCGAGAGACAGAAAUAUAUCAGACAGUGUUGAUGAGGCAUGAAAACAUUUUGGGGUUCAUUGCAGCAGAUAUCAAAGGGACAGGGUCCUGGACCCAGUUGUACCUAAUCACAGAUUAUCAUGAAAAUGGUUCCCUCUAUGAUUACCUGAAGUCCACCACCCUAGAUACCAAAUCAAUGCUGAAGUUAGCCUAUUCUUCUGUCAGUGGCCUGUGUCAUUUACACACUGAAAUCUUUAGUACUCAAGGCAAACCAGCAAUUGCCCAUCGAGAUCUGAAAAGUAAGAACAUCCUGGUGAAGAAAAAUGGAACUUGCUGUAUAGCCGACCUGGGCCUGGCUGUUAAAUUUAUUAGUGAUACAAAUGAAGUUGACAUACCACCCAACACUCGAGUUGGCACCAAACGCUAUAUGCCUCCAGAAGUGUUGGAUGAGAGCUUGAAUAGAAAUCACUUCCAGUCUUACAUCAUGGCUGACAUGUACAGUUUUGGACUCAUCCUUUGGGAGGUUGCUAGGAGAUGUGUAUCAGGAGGUAUAGUGGAAGAAUACCAGCUCCCCUAUCAUGAUCUCGUGCCCAGUGAUCCCUCCUAUGAGGACAUGAGAGAGAUUGUGUGUAUCAAGAAGUUACGUCCGUCAUUCCCCAACCGGUGGAGUAGCGAUGAGUGUCUAAGGCAGAUGGGGAAGCUCAUGACGGAAUGCUGGGCUCACAAUCCUGCAUCGAGACUGACAGCCCUGCGUGUUAAGAAAACACUUGCCAAAAUGUCAGAGUCCCAGGAUAUUAAACUGUGAUUUGAGGGGGAAAAAAAAGCACCACUGGAGAAAGCCAGUAGAUAUCCUGUUUGUGGGCAGAGCUAAAGAUGUUCCAGACGCAUCCACAGUACAAUCCUUGAACGUAGUCCUGCUUCCCAGUGGGUUCAGCCUUACCUCUCAGGGAGCAGCCUGGACAAAGACAGAGAAGUUCCCAGAAACACGGAGUCAUCGUGUCUGUUUGUAGGAGGGAGAAACCGCUUGGGUAACUUGUUCAAGAUAUGAUGCAUGUUGCUUUCUAAGAAAGCCCUGUAUUUUGGGAUUGCCUUUUUUUUUUCUUUUCAAAAGAUGCUUUAAUUUUGCCAAAAUAAAAAAAAAAAU